CCUAAUUAUUACCCUCACAAAUUCUUAAUCUCGCAGGAUUCAUAAUGCCAAACCAAAGGCAUAAGCGAUUAGACAAUUUCAAAGGCACAGUUAAAGAAUAUAUCACCUAUUUAGAGAACGAAGUGUUUCAACUGCGGCGUCGAGUUCAUCACCUGGAGCAGGUCCCCACGUCCAUCUUCUCGCCGACGCAACCGCAAUUGACCCCUAUGCAAAUCGUUAUCGAAGACCCCUCAGAGCGUCCAAAGAAAGUUACUGCUCGCGCGAACAAGUGGACUAGCAUGUUUUGGGAUGUUCUACGGCAAAACGAAGAGGGUUGGGCGACGCGGCGAAAACAAACCCUAACCUUUACAUGGAGUGGCCUGAUUGAAACGAUAAGUCGCCUCACAUGUAUGCGCUUCGAUGUAUGUGACCAGCUCCAGACGACACUCGGAGACAAAACGCCUCAUGAUAGAAGCACAAUUAGUAUCCUUCGAGGAUACGGUGGUUUUGUCAGCACGCUAGGAGAGAAUAGAAUUCACGCGACGCAGUUGUUCAACUUCGGCACGCUCCUCUUUGUUAGCCUUUCGAUCAUUGCAAUAGAGAUGGGUGUAUCCAAAAAAGAGGUGGACAAGUGCCUGAUGGAUCAUCUGCAGCGAAUUCAGGGCCAGUCGAACGCGUCCGAGAUUUGGUUAUCACACCUCCGCCAUACAGCGCUUAAGAUUAUCGCUUGGGCGCAUGAUAUGAGUGAAACAGCACUAAGGCACCGAGCUUGGGAGUUACUCUUCCAGUAUAUACCAUCCAUCCAUCAGACCCCAAAAGUAGUUCAAGGCUUUCGGGUGGAUCUUUCAGGUCUCGUCUUCGACCUAAGACCUCCUCGCGACGAGAUACAAGCCAAGGUCCCGUUCGAGAUACCAUAUCUCGUGAAGAUCAUCUUCGGCAACUAUUGCAGUCUCAAGACAAUCAACAAAGCCCUGGGAACAAAGCUGAGAGAGGACGUGUUCCAUGAGAGAUUAGCGACCCUUAAGAGUGGAGGAUGGACAAGAGGGGAUCCUGUAGUGGUGAAUGAUGAAGGCACCGCCGCUCACAUCUACUCCAUGUCCCAAGCGGUUCCCAGAGAUCAGCAGCCAAGUAAACUGAGGCACACAGAACUCAGCAGCGUGUUGGAAACUCCACAAUGCCAGCCAGAGCUAUCAGGCCCUGUAAAUCUCGCUCGUGCCGACUUUCUUGCUUCGGAGUUGAGUCCCCCGCGCUUACCAAUGCGAGAUGGUGUCCAAGACUCGGAAACAGCAAUCGUCAAUGAUAGCGGAGUCGAAGUAGCUAAUUCCAUGACCUUGCCAAUGUAUAUUGGCGAUUACCUCUCUGAAGGUGAUACGCUACAAUUGAAGGAUCUUGGGCUAGAUGGCCAGCGCUGGAGCGGGCUGGAAUUCAACUACUAAGCUAACAUUUAUAGAUGCUUUAGAACUGGUUGCAACACGCCGUUCAGUUCCAGCCACUGAGCUCUUUAUAUUUCUGUCACAUUGGCAGCGUGUCUAUUAGUGUUAUAAUGCAUCGAGAAC